CCAAAAACGGAAAUAGAAAUAGGAAAAUGUGGUAAAUAUUUACAUAAAAUGAAGCUUAGGGGGAGUCAGCAAAAGAAAAAAGAAGAAAAAAAAGCUUAGGUCAACCACGAGCACACAACUCUUUGCUGUUGAUUCUUCCAUGGCUUUAAUUUGUCUUGCUUAGGGUUCUUUUUUUCUUUCAGUGUGGGUGUGUUUUGUUUCUGGGUCAAAGAUGAAGGCACCGACCCUCGGUUGGUUUUUGUACUGAGAGGACCUGUCUUUUGCUUCCUUCGGUCCUCAAGGAUUUAGAAGAAAGAAAAUCAUACCUUCCAAGAAAUCAGUAUUUGUAAGCCAGGUCUUGUUUUCUUUCUAAUUUUCUUUCUUUUUCCUUUUCGUUCCUGCCCAACCACCAUUUUGCAAUCAAACUUAUUGUUCAUAUCAUCUGGUUUUAGUGUGAUUAAAAGAAGGAGAAAAAAAAAAGUAAAUUUUGGUGGUGGAUGUGGGUCAUCAUUAUGAACAUGGGUAUUCUAAUAAUUAAGGAGAGGAAGUGAUAAGAGAAAUUCCCAGCAAGUUGCCAGUUUCAUCCUCUUCUUCUGCUAUCAAUUUGUGACAAGGACCUUGAGAUGAUGGACUUGUCACUUGGGAGCUGCAAUAACAUUGAAGAAUCAAAUACUGGAAGUAGCAGGUGUAUUGAGAAAGAAUAUAUGUUUGAUAAAGUUGUAACACCGAGUGAUGUAGGCAAGCUGAACCGCCUGGUAAUACCGAAGCAACAUGCGGAGAAGUACUUCCCUCUCGACUCUUCAUCGAAUGAGAAAGGGUUGUUGUUGAAUUUUGAAGAUCGGAACGGCAAGUCGUGGCGGUUCCGGUACUCAUACUGGAAUAGCAGCCAGAGUUAUGUGAUGACCAAAGGGUGGAGCCGUUUCGUCAAGGAGAAGAAGCUUGAUGCGGGUGACAUCGUAUCGUUUCAAAGGGGUGUUGGGGAGUCCGGGAAAGACCGGUUGUACAUUGAUUGGAGGCGGAGGCCUAAUGCACCCGAUCCAACGUCCUUUGCACAUUUUCAGAUGCAAAAUCAGUUCAACUUUCCUCAGUCAGUCCGGUGGGGGGGUGGAAUCUACUCGCUGCCUCAAAGCUAUGAGCCUUUGCAUCGCUUGAAUUACAGCAUAUAUCCUUAUAACCAUCAUCAUCAACGACAGCAACAGCAACAGCUACAGCAGCAGCAACAUCAGGCAAUUACUUACGGUAAUGUGGCGCAGUCGCAGUACUAUCUAAGGUCAUCAUCAUCAGGGUCAUACCACCAUCAUCAUCAUCACCAACCUCAGCAAAUUGGGGCAAUGCAAGAAGGAAGAGUGGAGCCAAUGGUGAUCGAGUCAGUACCAGUUGUUCAGGGUAAUAAAACAGCGGCUAAAAGACUAAGGUUGUUUGGAGUGAACAUGGAGUGUCCUACUCCUACAACAGAUGAAUCUUCCUCGAGUUCUCCUCAUGCCACUAUAGUUUCUGAUCAUGAUUCUCCUUAUUUCCCUUCCUCUUCUCUCCAAUCAAGAUUGUCCAAUAAUAACACCCCAUUCCCACUCUCCAGAAUGCAAGCUGAAUAUUCAAAGAAGGGAAAAUCUUCCUUGUCCUUUGAUUUGGAUCUAUGAUCGAUGAUGAUCAAAUCACAGUGAGUGAAGGGUUCCAUUUUCUCUUUUUUUCUUGCUUUGCCAUCAAACUUGCGACAGGCAGUACUGGAUUUAGGAAAGAGGGUUGAAAAGAUAUUGAAGAUAAGUUUUUUUUUAGCAAUCCAAGUUCUCUUUUUUUCUUUUUAAUAUUGUGUUAGUACAUGAGUUAGUUGAGGUUUGGGAUCUGUGAAGAGCUAAAGAUGAAAGGUGCAAAAUAUGGAGUUGAAAAUUGUGUAUAACACUUAUACAGAUAUAUCAGCAUAUUCCCAACUUGUUUAUUAUUUUA